AUGGACGGAGGCAGAAAUAGUAAAGAUCGCACCAGAAGGGGAGAUGAUGAGGGGAGAAGUAAAGAGGAUGGUGAAGUACGUGAAGAAGGAGAUGGAGUUCCAGAAAACAAUGAAGUAGAACAAUCUCAGCUUGCAAGUGACGUGAAUGAACAAGAAUAUGUGGAUGGAUCACAGGAACAUUCACUGAUAUCAGAGAUUGAGAAAAGUAGGAGAAUUAAUUUAGACGAAACGGGUACUACUCAUAUUGCGAAGAUAUCAGAGGGAAAAAGAUCGCAUCGUAAAGUAGAUUAUGAUGAUUCAAAUAAUGAACAGAGCUCAUCUAAAUCUAGAAAAUAUGAUAAGGGUAAACAUUCCAAAUCCAAGAAAAAUACACCUCAGACUCAAAGACCUUUAUUAACAUAUUCAACCGAAUUUGUAGAGGAGGUAUAUGAAUCUGAAAUAGAAGAUCCUGAAACCAAAGUAUCAAAUAUCAAGGAUGACCAAAUCAAUUCUAUCAGAGAUAAUGAUGAUGAUGAUGAUGAUGAUGAUCCCCUAAUUUACAACGCAGAAGAAAAGCCAUCUGUAAAUUCUGUCAAUACUGACGUUUCAAAUGGAAAUCAUGGAAAACAUUCCAAUUAUGAUGAAGAUGAGAAAAAUCAACAUGGUUUGAGUGAAUCAAGAGAGUUAUUUUUCAAUCCUCACCAAGUAAGGAUGAGUCUACCAAGCUCAAGAGAUUUCACAUCACGUAAUCAAAGUGAAACUGGACAACGAAUGUCAACAAAUACUGAUCAUGAUACUUCAAAUACUGAUCGAAUUUUUAGGAGAGCAGGUGAAGAAAUUCCAAAAGAUUAUGAAAAUAAUGCUUUGGAUGAUCAGUUUGAAGAAGAGUCCUAUGGAAGUGAAAGUAUUACAUUAACAAAUAGUCAUCAUGAACGUCGCAAGCCCUCGGGAAGUGGAAAAGGAAUAUUAUUAAAUCCUAUUGAGAAGGGAGUAAACAAGACAAGCUCAUUCACUUCUUCAAAAUACUCUGGUGAUGCACAUGAUGAAGAUACUAGAUCAGUUAUGAACCAAAUAGUCUCAGAUCAACAACCUCAAGAGAAUCACGAUGGCAUAGAAAAGCAAAUAGAUCCUGAAUCCGAUAUUUUAGAUAAACAUAAAGACAGAGGGGAAAAUUUACUCGUAAACCCUGUUGGAGACAGAGAGAGCAACAGUGAAUUAAGAUUGAUCUCUCCUGAAACGAAGCCCUACACCAAAGAUAGUGAAGAAAUUAUGGAUAAUCCAAGUGAUAGUGAUUCAAAAAGAAAACAAGAUAAACAUUUUGAUGGAGAUGAAGUAAACACUUCUGAUGAUCUAGGCAAUGAUUCUUGGAGUCCACAAUCAGAACUCAACAAUAAUUCUUGGAAUGCAAAAACAGAACAGAGACACAAUAAAGGUGAAAAAGAAACUUCUGAUAACCCACAUGAGCAAAGAGGUAGCCUUUUAAAUUCAAGAUCUUUCUCCCCUAACCAGUACAUUGAAGAUGGAGAAGAAAACACAUGUGGUCCCGACCAAUGUGGUUUGAAUUUUGAUCCAGGUCAAAACUUCAAUGACAAGGAAGAUGAAGAUGAAACUUCUCUCAACAAGGAAAUAAUGAGCCAACAUAGUCCAAGCCGGAGAGAAUCGGCGGUUACAUUCGAUGAGGGCAAAAGGAAGGAUUAUAAUGAGGGAAGACCAAGUAAAAAUCUUACAUUGAAUGGAUCUGAUGGGAAUACAAUGGUGCAGAGUUCAUCUCCCCAGAAAAUGAAAGUUUUCGAUUUGAUAACAUGA